AUGCCUAAGAGAGACUCUAAUUUGUUGACUCCUUUGGAUCCUGAAGAUAAAAAUUUUAGAAUCGAAAAAGCGCUCAAUCGUUUAAAAAAAAAAACAGAUAUAAAUAAAUGGGCAAAUCCAAAAAAACUUUUCGAUGUUGUUGAUAGCGAUUUUACGCAAAGACAGCCAAAAUUCACGGAUGUAAUCAAAAAGAUCCAAAAGGACGUAUUUAUUCCCGAAGCUAUCACAGUUUCAAAUCUAGCAAAAAUUAUUGGUGUACGGUUGGCUCCAUUUGAACAAAAAUUACGUGAUCUUGGGAUAGAAUAUACGACACAUGAUCAUCUGCUUAAUUCCGAAGAAGCAUCACUAAUUGCGAUGGAAUAUGAUCUGAAUCCCAUAGUUGAUUCGGUUGCUGCAAUUGACCUUUUUCCAAAAUCCAUGCCAAAAGACAUGUCUAUAUAUCCACUUCGACCACCAAUAGUGACUAUUAUGGGGCAUGUCGAUCACGAUGCUUUGCGGAAAACAUCUGUAGCAGCUAGUGAAUUUGGCGGAAUAACUCAGCACAUUGGUGCUUUUUCUGUUUCAUUACCAUCACAAAAAACCAUUACAUUUCUUGACACUCCUGGUCAUGCUGCAUUUUCCGCUAUGCGUUCUAGAGGCGCUCACGUAACUGAUAUUGUUGUCCUUGUUGUUGCAGCUGAUGAUGGUGUGAUGCCACAAACGUUAGAAGCAAUAAAGCAUGCUAAGGAUGCUGGAGUGCCCAUAAUUGUAGCGAUUAACAAGAUUGAUAAACAUGAUGCAGAUGCAAGAAAAGUACGUGAUUCUCUCAUGAGGUAUGGUAUAGAACUUGAAGAGUUUGGAGGUGAUAUUCAAUGUGUUGAAAUUUCUGCCUUAACUGGAAAAGGGUUGGAUACAUUAGAAGAAGCUAUCAUAACAUUAGCCGAAUUAAAUGAUUAUCGUGCUGAAGUUGAUAUUGAAGCAGAAGGUGUUAUUAUUGAAUCACAAAUAGAAAAAGGCAAAGGUAAUGUUGCGACAGUAUUGGUUAAACGCGGAACCUUAAAGCAAAGUGAAGUUAUUGUGGCAGGCACUAGUUGGUGUAAAGUUCGAAUGAUGAACGACGAUAAAGGGCAAUCACUUAAGCAAGCACCACCUGGCACUCCUGUAAAAGUCAUGGGUUGGAGAGAAACACCAAAUUCUGGUGAUGAAGUCCUUCAGGCUAAAGAUGAAGAACUUGCUAAAACUGUAGUUGCUAAUCGACUGAGAAAGUUAGAACGUGAAAAGCAGAUGAAAGAUCUAGAAAUUAUUAAUGAAAAGAGGAGACAGCGUAAGAAGGAGCUGGAAGUUGAUCAAGCUGCGAUCAGAGAUUUCAAAAGGAAAGUAUGGAUGUUUCAUCGUGGGAUGCUUAAAGAAUACCCUACUAUGCCGUUGCCUCCAUCUUCGAACACGGAAGUAAAGCUUGAUGAAAACCAGAUAAAAGAAUUAAGAUUGGUUGUUAAAGGUGAUGUAAGUGGAUCAAUUGAAGCUAUCAUCGAUUCUGUAGAUUUUAUUGGGAACAAAGAGGUUCGCGUGAAUGUGGUAGAUUUCGGAGUGGGUGAUGUUAACGAGUCGGACGUUCAAAUGGCUGCGGCUGCACAGGGAGCAAUAUUAGGGUUCAAUGUUAAGGUUGACAAGAGAGCAAGUUCUUUAGCUCAAACAGAGCAUGUUGAAAUAAUGUGCUACAAUAUUAUUUAUAAACUUCUGGAUGGUAUAAAAGACAAGUUAAGUAAGAUGUUGCCACCUGUAUUGGAAUCAAUUAUCACAGGUGAAGCAACAAUAUUACAGGUUUUUCAGAUCAAUGUUAAAAAUAGAGAAUUUAGGCCAGUAGCUGGUUGUAGGAUUGUAAAUGGAACAAUUUUUAAGAGUCAAAAAGUGAGAAUAAUAAGAAAUAACAAACAAAUGUGGGAAGGUCCAUUAGAAUCAUUAAAACACCUAAAAAAAGAUGUUACAGAAGCAAAGAAAGGAUUAGAAUGUGGUAUAUCAUUUGAGGGAUUUACAGACUUUAAAGAAGGGGAUGUGAUUCAUAGUAUAGUCGUGAAGGAAGUACCACGUACUUUGUAA